CACAGUUCUCUCCACACCAAACCCAAAUACACCAUUUAUCUAUUCGUUAAAACCCUAUGAAUGCAUUUACAGACAUCCAGUUGCCAGCUGGAGCAUCCCAAAUGUUAGUUAGCUUCAGUGGCACGUGUGUGAAACAUCAGGCUCACAAUUGCAGUGAUAAACGGAAUAAUCAUUUUGUCAUGUAGGUUGAAAGUGAAUCCAAAGCCUCAGACAGCCAAAGUAGUGGCGGAGGAGGAGGAGGAGGAGGAGGAGGAGGAGGCCUCAUGGGGGAAAUGAGUGCUAUGCUCGCACGACGGUUGGUUCCCUACAAGUUUCUCCUUUCACGAUAUUCUUUUUUAUUAUAUCUCUAAACUAAAUGUUAAAUGUGUUUUCUCUGUGUUUUAAGGAGAAAAGUUUACUGAUAAUCCUGCUGCCCGAAAAGAGGACCCACCCAGUGAGUCCUCAGCUUCUAAAUUGCCUGUUCAAAAUGAUGUCAAAAAACCCUGGGAGAAGUCUUCCACAAUGCCAAGGACUACAUCUGCUCCUCGAUCCCAGGAGAGCAGCCCAGUGUCACACUCCCCUUCCACUUCCAUCCCAGUGUCAAGGACCAAGUCAUCGAACAGCACCAAUGAAGUAGGCUCAUGCAGUGAGUCUCUGUUGGAGAAA